CCAUGUCGGAUUUCAAACGUCUUAAGCUGAACCUUGUGAAGCCAGUUCCCUCGGACUACGAGAUCUCCAGAAAUCAGACUCCCAAGCAUAUCAGCCAGGUUGCUGCUGAGUGCGGAAUCACCGAGACUGAGAUUGAGCCAUAUGGAGCAUACAAGGGUAAGGUCAAGCUCGAUGUGAUCGACAGAUUGCACCACCGCAAAAACGGUAAAUACAUCCUGGUGACGGGAAUCACUCCAACUCCGCUAGGAGAGGGCAAAUCGACCACCACUGUGGGAUUGGCGCAGGCUAUUGGCGCUGUCCUUGGCAAGAAAGCUUUUGCCAAUGUGAGACAACCAUCUAUGGGUCCCACGUUUGGUGUCAAAGGCGGAGCAGCUGGCGGAGGCUUUUCGCAGGUGAUUCCUAUGGACGAGUUCAACAUGCACAUCACGGGUGACAUUCACGCCGUGGGCAUGGCCAACAAUUUGCUGGCUGCUGCGCUCGACACAAGAAUGUUCCACGAGGCCACCCAAAGCGACAAGGCUCUGUGGAAGAGACUGUGUCCUGAGAAGAAGGACGGUUCCAGAGACAUUCCUAUUGGCUUGCUGCCUCGAGUGAAGAAACUGGGUCUGGACACCAAGGAUCCUAAGAAGUGGACUGACGAGGAAGUUUCCAAGUUUGUGAGACUCGACGUCGACCCUAAGACAAUUACCUGGAAGAGAGUGCUAGAUCUGAACGACAGGUCGCUCAGAGGUAUCACCAUCAACCAGGCUCCAACAGAGAAGGGUCUGACCAGAGAGACUGGUUUCGACAUCACGGUGGCCUCUGAGGUGAUGGCAAUCUUGGCUCUGUCGUCGUCUUUGAAAGAUAUGAGAGAGAGACUUGGAAAAAUGGUGGUCGCCUCGUCGAAAUCGGGCGAGCCAAUCACCUGCGAGGACCUGGGAUGCGCGGGGGCCCUGACUGCCAUCAUGAAGGAUGCCAUCAAGCCUAACCUCAUGCAAACUCUCGAGGGUACGCCUGUGUUUGUGCACGCGGGUCCGUUCGCCAAUAUCUCGAUCGGUGCCUCUUCCGUUCUGGCUGACAAGAUGGCCCUGAAGCUUGCGGGCACAGAGCCAGGCCUGAGUCCCGAGGAGGAGAGGGAACAAGCCGGCUACGUCAUCACAGAGGCCGGCUUUGACUUCACUAUGGGAGGCGAGCGGUUCCUGAACAUCAAGUGCAGAUCGUCCGGUUUGUCGCCAGACGUGAUCAUCAUCGUGGUCACCGUCAGAGCCCUGAAGGUGCACGGUGGAGGAGCCGAGGUCAAGGCCGGCGCUCCAUUGCCGCUGGAGUAUACUACCGAAAACGUCGAGAUGCUCAAGGUCGGCUGUGCUAACCUGCAAAAACACAUCCAGAACGCCAAACAGUACGGCGUCGAUGUGAUUGUGGCCAUCAACAGAAUGUCCUCUGACUCAGACAAGGAGCACGAAGUAAUCAAGGAGGCUGCUCUUGCGGCUGGUGCUACCGACGCCAUUGUCUCUAACCACUGGGAGGAGGGUGGCCAGGGCGCCCAGGCUCUUGCCGAGGGCGUGAUCAAGUGUGCUCACAAGCUGUACCCUUCGCAACAGGGACAAACAGAGUCGUUCCGCUACCUGUACGCUACGGAGGGCUCGUCGAUCGAGGAAAAAAUCGAGGCCAUCGCCAAAAACAUGUACGGUGCCGGCUCUGUCGAAUUUCUGCCCCAGGCCCAGGAAAAAAUCAAGGAAUACAGCUCGCAGGGCUUCUCGAACCUGCCAAUUUGUAUUGCCAAGACGCAAUAUUCGCUGUCUCACGACGCCAAGCUGAAAGGUGUGCCGACAGGAUUCACCUUCCCAAUCAAGGACAUCAAGGCCUCCAUCGGUGCAGGCUAUCUGUAUGCUCUUGCGGACCAAAUCCAGACGAUCCCUGGACUUGCUACCAAGUGCGGCUUCAUGAACGUCGAGGUCAACGACGACGGCGAAAUUGAGGGCCUAUUCUAAGUCCGCUAAUAACCUUGUCUUUGUUCAACACUGUAUUAGAGUAAAAAAUAGAUUUCAACACUUGGUUUCUCGAUUCAGCAGCCCCUAUACUGGUGGCUCCCGAUUUUCCUUUUCGCUGUUAGACUCUGUUAGAAUGGCGUACUUGGACCGUGUCCGUUUCAGCUGCUGCAGUGCGUCUUGGCACUCGACAAGAGUGGUUUUCGUGUUCUGUUCCUGUAUCUUUACGCUGGCCUCCAACGUGCUCAGCGCCUCCUCGAAAUGAGCCUGUUUUCUUUCGUACGCAGCGGCAAGACGCUCACUGCACACCCGGGCAACUUUGUAGCUCUCCUCCAGGGCUACAUUGACCCCUCCCAUGCUCUCAUUAUUUUUUUCCAAGCGGGUGCUGCUCUCCUGAAUAAAUAGCUUCAACUGCCGCCUCAGAUCCCCAACUUCCAUCUGCGUGCGCAACUUGUACUCCUUCUGAGACUCCACAACCACGUCGUAGGAUGCGCGCAGCCGAUCGGCUUCAACAGUGCUCAUGGUCUCCUGUUCCUGUAUAGCGGCCAGCUUCCUUCGCAAAGAUUCCUCCUCAAACUUCCACCGAUCGGCAGCAGAACAGGCCUCUGUGAGCUGUGCCUCCAGAUCGAGCACCUUGCGCUCUUUGCGAGCCAGUAGACUCUCAGACACCUCGUUCUGGUGUCUCGCGUUCGACAGCUUUUCGGUAAGCGUCUCGUUCUGUUUCACAACAACAGACAGCUUCCGCUUGUACUCGUCCAGCUCCGCCUGUGUGUCAUCCAACUUGUCCUUCAGCCCGUCGAUCUGUGAAUGAAGGCUCUCAAUGACCUUCGACGUGCCUCCAUAGGACCCCGUGAGCCGGCCGGGAUACUCUCGAAUCAUGGCACCGAGAUGAAACAAUUAGAUAGAAAAGCUUGUAUUUAAUGUGCAUCUGACGCUUAACGAAUCAUGGCUGUGCAGAAACGGGACGGGGUGACUUUUUGGCUGUGCACCCGGCUUUUUCCUUCGCCCAGUGUUU